UAUUUUUAUCUAUUUGUAUUGAAUACUACAUAGAACUGCUCACAUUUACAAUCUCGGGCAGUUCCUUGAAUAGAGGUAGUGGGGGAACGCUGUUUUCGAGUUACUAGUGUGAGGAAAGUUAGACAUCUCUGCUAUAGAGAAUGAUAGAGUUACCGUAUGCAAAGAAACAGUAAUACCAGUGUAGUUAUACUUCAAGAUCAUCCAAUUUGUGAAUACAAACAUAAAAAAUUUCAAUAGAAGUUUCGUAUUGUGAGAUUACUCUAUGUUCAAGAAAAUAAUAAGGGGUAUGCAUUUUUAUGACAAACUCAGAUUAAAGGACAUAUUGUAUUUUAUUAAAAAUGCAAAAGGAAGUAAACAAUAUAAUCACAGAGUCAUUAAAAAAAGCAUAUGAUCAUGACAGAACUGGAAAUGUAGGAAAAGCAUAUGCAUAUUAUACAGUUGUAGCAGAAUUAAGUCCAACAAAGAGAUUAGAAAUUGAAGAAGCUUUUGUCGACGUACUUUGUCAAUGGGGAAUGCAGCUUGCAUGCAACCACAGAUUUGAAGAUGUUGUUUUAUGUUAUACACAUUCUUUAGAUAUUUAUCCAAAUAACCCACGCAUGUUAAAUAAUUUUGCAGCCCACCUUUUAAGGAAUAAUGAUCCAAUAAGGGCAAUAAAAUAUUUAAAAAGAGCUCUGCAAGCCAAUCCCAAUUUUCUACCAGCAGAAAGAAAUUUACAAAAUGCAUUUAGUAUGGCUGUAGAUAGGUGGCACUUUCCGAUGUUGAACGAUAAACAAAGAAAUAAUGCAUUUGAAUGUGCAAUACGAAAGAAAAUUUCUCAAGGAUAUGACACAGUAUUAGAUAUAGGAACUGGAACAGGGUUAUUAAGUUUAUAUGCACGAAAUGCUGGUGCUAAAAAAGUUUAUGCAUGUGAAUGUUCAAUGACAAUGAUAAAAGUUGCUGAGAAAGUAUUUGAAAGUAACAAUGUUGAAGAUAUAAUAUUAUUGCCCAAAUUUUCCACAGACCUUGUAAUACCCAGUGAUAUUACAGAAAGAGUCAAAUUAAUUGUGACAGAAACAUUCGAUGCUGGUUUAUUUGGAGAACAUGUGAUACCAUCUCUAUUAAGUGUUCACACAAAUAUCCUGGAUAGAAAUGGCAUAAUCAUACCCAUGAGCGCUACACUUUAUGUGGCUGCAGUGGAAUGUGAAUAUUUGAGGAACAGGUCAUCUGUAGUCUUUGAUCACUUAAAAAAUUCGUGUCCUUUAAAUUUUGAUAAUAUAUCUAUAUUAUUGGAUGAUGAGUAUUAUGACACAGAACAUUUGAAGAAUGUGAAAGUUAAUUAUAUUACAAGACCCAAAGUUCUUUUCACUGUUGAUUUUAAUGAUGUAUCAAAUUUACAUAAAUUUAAUGCAGAUGGCAUAAAGAGUAAGAUAAAUAUAAAGUGUGAAUAUGAUGGCAUUGUAGAUGGUUUAGUGAGUUGGUUUAAAUUACAUCUUGAUGAGGAAAUAUCAAUAGAUACAUCAGAUAAAAGAACUUGUUGGCAGACUGCUGUUUUCCCAGAAAUGCCAAUAUUAUUUAAACAAGGAGAUGUAUUAACAAUUAAUGGAGAAAUAUUGAAAGGAAAAUUGAAAUGUUCUUAUACAGCAAAUAAUACAUUUACUAAUUAUGAUCAGAAAAAAUUUAUAUAUCGUUUACCAAAAGAAGUUAUAACGUUUUUAAAUGAUCACGAAUAUAUAAAAUUACUUACCGAUGUCAGUAAGUCUCUAGUGAACAAAGAAAUAAAUAGUAUUUUGGAUACAUCUCCUUUUCCUAUUUAUGGAUUAAUGUUAUUGAAGGAAAAUAAGUACAGCCAAAUUUUAUAUUAUAAAACUGAAAACAUGAUGCUUCGUCUUUUCAUAGAAGAAGUUGCAAAACAAAAUGGCUUUAAGGACAAGAUAUGCUUUAUAUCAAAGUAUGAUACUAUUAAAGCUUCUUUAGAUACUAUACUUGUACAUGAUUUUGACACUAACGGAGAACUAAAAGAUCGUGGUCAAGAACAUAGUCAUGAAUUCUUUAGAUGUAUGCUUAAACCAAAUGGCAUCUUAUUACCUGAACAAAUAUUCCUUGUAGGUCAACUUGUAUUUUCAGAGGAUUUUCCAAACAUGGUUUACGUUAAAGAUGAAAAUUUACAAGGAGAAUCAAUGCUAGUAUUUAAUACACAAAAUUCUAAAAAGGUACGUAUGUGCAUGUAUAUAUACGAGGUGAGUGAUUUAACUGUAUAAAUUUACAUGCAAACCAAUUUAUUGUAUAAAGUAAUAUUCUAAAUGAGUUAUUAGGUAUCGAGCAGGGUCUAAAAUAUAAUAAUUCAUUUUUUGAUAUUACACUUUCUAUUAAAGUAUGAAGAUGACUUUGUAUUUUUACAUUUUAAUAUACAUCUUUUAUAUCUUCUUUAUUGUGUUUUAAAUACCUCAAAGAAAGUAAUUAAAGAACGUCAAUUCUUCACAUAUUAAUAAAAAGGCAAAGUAUCAAAAAAAUUAAUUGUUACAUUUUAUGCCCUGCUCGAUAUCAAAUAAUUUCUGUUUGAAACGUUUUUUUAUUCAAAAAAUAAUUUACAAGUAAAUUUAAGUGGUAUAGUUAACACUUUAUUUACCGCUCCUGAUCAAGGCAAUCACUCACACACUAUCAGUGUGGUUUCGUCAUUGUAUAGGAGUGUAUAUUUUCACAUGCAAAGCUUUGUAGCUUUAAAAUCAAAGUGUAAAGAAAUCUCGUAAUAUUAUUCUGUUUUAAUUUCUUUUAAAUCAACGUAAUUUUAAUAAGUUACCGAUUGUUAAGCAUUCGAAAUCGAAAAGCCGAUAAAGUGUUAAAUGACUCACCUGUAUAAAAAUACAUAUAUACACACGAUACAUGUGAAAAAGCGGUGAUUCUAUGUAGAAAUAAAUUGUCUCCAAAAUAUCUAUUCAUGUU